AUGCAGCUGACCAAGACUCUUCUCUUCGCCCUCGUCGGCACGGCUUUUGCAUCUCCUAUUGAGAAGCGCCAAGUCGCCAUCAUCCAGCAGGCCGUCACCGAAGUCCAGGGCGCCAUCACGAAGCUCGAUACCGCAGUAAAGGGCGUUGGCGACGACAUUGCCUCCGCGCAGCCCGUCCUGGCCGCCGCCACCGACGUCAAGGCCGUCAUCACCAAGGCCGGCAACGACAUCCAGGGCGCCCAGCCCCUGCAGCUCACGGAGGCCCUCGGCCUCCAGCAGCUCGCCGGCGACCUCCAGACGUCGGCGACCGGCCUGAUCGACACCAUCAUCUCCAAGAAGCCCAACUUUGACAAGCUCGGCGUCUCGAGCGUCGUGCUCCAGAACCUCCAGGAGCAGAAGAGCACCACCACGAGCCUCGGCCAGGCCCUCAUCUCCAAGGUCCCCGCCAUCGGUCAGGGCAUCGCCCAGCAGGCCAUCGACCAGAUUUCCGCCGUCCUCGACAAGGGCAUCCAGGCCUACUCUGCCGGCGGUGGUGCCGCUCCCCCUGCAGGGGGCGGCGCUGCCGCGCAGCCAGUGGCUAAACCUGGCAACAACACCGCUGCUCCCCCUGCUGCUGCUCCCGCUAAACCCAAGACUCCCGCCGCCGCCCCUGCCGCACCCAAGAAGCCCGCUGCUGCUCCUGCUGCCCCCGCCGGGGGUCUCCAGGGGUUGCUCGGUCUUCUCGGCGGUUUGGGUGGGGCGGGCGGCGCUGGUGCCGGUGGCGCCGGUGCCGGAUUGGGUGGCCUUCUCCCAGCUCUUACGGGAGGUGCAGCUGGCGGUGCCGGUGGAGCGGGAAUUGGCGACGCCCUCGGGGCUCUCGGGGCUCUCGGCGGAGGAGCCGGUGGAGCCGGUGGAGCUGGUGGAAUUGCUGACGCCCUCGGGGCUCUCGGCGGAGCUGGUGGAGCCGGUGGAAUCGCCGACGCCCUCGGGGCUCUCGGCGGCGGCGCCGGCGGUGGUGCCGGAGCUGGUGGACUCGGAAACAUUCUCGGAGGUCUUGGAGGUCUCGGUGGAGCGAAAGCGAACGUCGUGGAGGCGAGGGGAAAUGUGGCGGAUUUCGCAGAAGACGCGGCGGCGGAGGAGGACGAGGAAUGA